AUGACUUCGGAGGGAUCUCGUAUUCAACGUCUGCAGGAUUGCGGCGGACCCUCCAAGCCUCAACUUCAGCACAGGAUUGAAAUUUUGAAGAAAUGGGACCUCAUGCCUGGUUCGAGAAUACUUGAAAUUGGAUGUGGACAAGGAGAUUGUACCCUUGUUUUGGCCGACCUGGUGGGAGAGCAUGGUCACAUCACAGCUAUUGAUCCCGCACCUCUAGACUAUGGGGCUCCGAUGACAUUGGGAGAAGCGCAGUCGCAACUCAAAUCCGGUCCUUAUGGAAACCGCAUAACUUUUCACCAGGCUAAUCUGCAAGACUUUCUCGAUUCCGGGGCCUCGGAGCCACUGUACGACUAUGCAAUCUUCGUGCAUUCAGUUUGGUACUUGCCAUCUGUUGAAACGUUACAGUCCAUGCUGUUGUCUCUUCGCGGGAGAGCAAAGCAGCUUCUUCUUGCAGAAUACGUACUUGAUAUUCGCGGAGACAUCGCUGCUCUCCCGCAUAUGAUAGCAGCGAUCUCGCAAGCUGAAUUCAAUAGUCGAGGCGAACAUUCAUUUGAUCGAAAUGAUAAUAUCCAGUCCAUUAUAUCGCCCGAAAUGAUUCGCACGGCGGCGGUCCAUGCAGGAUGGGAAUUCCAAAGGGAAGAAAUCACGGAAGCCGCGGAAGGUCUCGAAGACGGACGAUGGGAGGUCGGGCGUGUCCUUUCGAAAGAAUAUCUAGAAAGGUCGGAGUCUUGCGCGAGUAAGCGCCGCCAGGAAUUUGCAAAUGCGUUGAUUGAAGCUGUUAAAGUGAGCAGGCGCGUUCUUGGGCCCCAGCCGAAGGUGAAAACACUACCUACGUGGCAAUGCUCAUGGGUGUGA